AUGCAUGGAGUUGACAUGGGAGAACCACAGGUGGUUCCACAGGUGUCGCAGCUUGCAAACAUAUUUCUGGUUCCUGCGCAGUGUGCCUGUGACCAGUGCAGCUUCGCACACAAGACUAAUAUGAAAGUCCACCUGCGCACCCACACAGGUGAAAAGCCAUAUCAGUGCCCUUCGUGCUCUCGGGGCUUCAAGGAGAGAUAUGACUUGAAGUGCCACCUGCGCAUCCACACAGGCGAGAAGCCAUUUCAGUGCUCUUCAUGCUCUCAGAGCUUCUCACAACAGGCCCACUUGAAAGCCCACCUGCGUACCCACACAGGCGAGAGGCCAUAUCAGUGCUCUUCAUGCUCUCAGAUCUUCUCACAAAAAGGCCACCUAAAAAUCCACCUGCGCACCCACACAGGUGAGAAGCCAUAUCGGUGCCGUUCAUGCUCUCGGGGCUUCAAAAACGGGUAUGACUUAAAGUGCCACCUGCGCACCCACACAGGCGAGAAGCCAUUUGAGUGCCCUUCAUGCUCUCGGAGCUUCUCACAACAGGCCCACCUAAAAACCCACCUGCGCACCCACACAGGCGAGAAGCCAUUUCAGUGCCCUUUAUGCUCUCAGAGCUUCUCACAACAGGCCCACCUGAAAGUCCACCUGCGCACUCACACAAGGGAGAAGCCAUAUCAGUGCCCUUCAUGCUCUCAGAGCUUCUCACAAAAGGUCCACCUCAAGAGACAUAUGAGGCGAGAAGCCAUUUCAAAGCCCUCUAUGCCUUCAGAAAUUCUCGUUGAAGAAUGCCCUGAAGACACACCAGCUCAUUGA